AUGGCCCCUCCGCCAUUGCACUUGUACUCGAAGAGAGAAAGCGGUGGCACCGCCAUGGCGGCGAUGAAGAACAAAACCACCACCACUCAUCUGAAAAUCAAUAAGGAAUCUCAUUGCAUCAGCAAGAAUCAGAAUCAGAAUCAGAAUCACAACAAGCAGCAACAGCAACGGCAACCGGUGAUAAUUUAUACGCAUUCUCCUAGGGUUAUUGAGACAAACCCUCGCGAUUUCAUGCAAUUGGUUCAGAAGCUUACCGGCCUCCCUCGCGACAAACGGCAGGAGGAGGAAGAGCAACCGGUGGUGGUGGAGGAGGAUCUGGAGGAUGAAACUACGUCGUCGUCGCCGCCGCUUUUGACGGAGGAGUAUAUAAACUCAUGUGUCGCGCCUCCUCCGCCUCCACCUCCUCCUCUGCCGCCGCCGUUGAUGGAGCCAAUGACGAUGAUGCCUAGUUACUUCAAUACAUUGCCGCCGCCGCUGUUUGGGCCCGAUUCGCCGGAGUUUCUUCUCUCCUCCAACUCCAACUGCACCUCCAGUAAUAAUAAGGCGCCGUUUAACUUCAACUACGCCGAUCCCUUUUUCUUCUGA